UUGUCAAAAAAAACUGAAAUUCUUCUAUUUUUUUAGUUAAAGUUUUAAAGUUUACAAAUUUAUUAAUUUUUAAGCAAAAUGCCAAGUGGUGUAGUAUUUUUAAUUGUUGUCCCGACAGCAAAUUUUGAACGUGAACUUGUUUAUGGCAAGCAAUUAAAUACUAAUCAAGGCGUUAUCUACCCAUCACCCACAGCCGGAUAUGGGGUCAACAACAACAAUAAUAAUGGCCCCAUGGAAAUAAGAACACCAUCACCGAAUGCAGAUACAUCCGGCAACAAUUUAAACAUCAAUCUUCCCGACAGUAAUGCUGUGCUACGUCUUGAGGUCGAACUACGUGAUAAGAAUGCACCGAGAAACCGAAGAGGUGGCCGUGGAGGUGGGCGUGGUGGUGGUGGUGUAGGAGUUGGUGGUGGUGGUCAGGCUAGAGGCAAACUACAUUCAAAUGACGAUAAGGAUGGCCCCAUGGUGCCAAUGGAGAAGGUCCUCGAAGAACUCCUCACAAAACUUGAAAUCGAACAUGUGACAUGGUCAACUGGCAAAAAAGGAUUCUACUAUCAUGUUGUAUUUCCGCUUCAAUCUGGUGAACCGUGCGAAACGACAUUACAUUGUCUGACGGAGCUAGGCUUUGGCACGAAAUUGAAUUCCAGCGUCAGCGUUUUGCCUUGCAGUGUUAGCUACGAUGCUAUAUCGAAUCCUGCAUCUAACAAUGAAGAAUACAGCACGAACAACAAUGAAGACAACGAAGACUUUUCAAAGUGGAAUAAUUUUGUUGAUUCAAUAAAAUCUAAAUUAACAGUUAAGCAAGUUGUUGAUGGUGUACGUGCUGGAGGUUGUUUAACAUUCGACUACCUUCUUCUAAUUGUUACAGCCGACUCGUUGGCAGCUCUUGGUCUUAUAGAAAAUAAUUCUUCAAAUAUUGUGGCUGCUAUGUUAGUUUCACCACUAAUGGGACCAGUUAUGUCGAUAACUUUCGGAACUAUUAUUUCAGAUAGAGAAUUGAUAAAAGUCGGAUUCAUCUCCCUUGGUACGGGUAUGUUCAUUUCGUGUGUAUUUGGAUUUAUUUUCGGUCUCAUUGUGGGAACAACUGAAAUGCCUUGGGGUUCUGGUGAUUGGCCAACCGAGGAAAUGCGUGGAAGAGGCAAUGUUCGUUCACUUUGGAUGGCCUUACCGUGGGCGCUUACUUCGGGUACAGGUGUUGCUGUUGCCUUAUUACAAGGAUCAACUGGACCGUUAAUUGGUGUUGCUAUAUCAGCAUCCUUGCUACCGCCAGUGGUUAAUUGUGGACUUUAUUGGGCACUGGCCUGCAUUUGGUUGAUCUAUCCAGAUAUUAAACUUCCACAUUUGAAAGGAGAAGCAUACACUGGAAAUUCAUCAUAUCCGUUUCUCUACACCGAUUACUUACCAACGGAAUUUCUUCUAAAUGGCAUUUUCUCAGGACUUUUGACAGUUGUAAAUGUUAUUUGUAUUUUUAUAACUGCUAUCAUUAUACUCAAGAUUAAGGAAGUUUCAGCACCGUAUACAGCUAGUCCGGAUCUUAAGAGGUUCUGGGAAACUGACCUCCGAACAGUACGUAAAACUAAUCGGUCAACUAUAAGGAAUAGAAAAAACACGUUCAGACAGAAAUUGUUGCAGGACGAUGGCUUACCGGAACCAAGGAGUAAAAAACUUGACACAGUUCUUGAACAAGCUAUCAAAGAAGCUACAGAUGAUGUUACAUUUAAAAAAGUCAAACGAAUGAGCUAUUCAAAUAAUGCUGUUGGUGAGUUGACACAACGAUUAGCCCAAGCAGCUGGCUUGAACACUAACAGCAAUCAAUCCAACAACAUCAUCAAUCCGACUACAGCCGAUACCAUGGAUUCCGUGCGCAAUUCAAAAUUAAACGUUGACCUUCAGGCAUUGGAUAAAUUGGUGUCCUCAUUGUUGGAGCAUCACCAACAACUCCAACCUGGAGCAACUGGAGGACCAGGAGUACCAUCGCAUGGAACUUCAAUGAAAUUGAAUCGUCGACGGACAUUGUCACGUUCGGCCAACCAUUUUAUGUAUAGCCCUUCAACAAUGGCCGCGACCAAUGAGUUUGGCGGUGGAAAUAAUUUAAGCCUUGCAGCAAUUAACAACAAUGCCUCGAGUGGCGGGGGUAAUAUCAGCACCGCCAACAACAGUAACAACAGCAAUACCAGUGGCAUUCAGCACACUGCCUUGAUGCCAACUAUUUUGGAACAGAAUCGAAAUCCUGUAGGCAAUUCGUGGUCAUUGGAUCGAUCUGCAGCGACAGCUGGUGUCCGGAAUGUCCUCAAUAGCAUUGCGAAUGCACCGCAUCGACUUAGCCAAAACCUUACUGCUGCAGUUUCAAAUCACAACAACGAUGAGGACAAUGUCAGUUUGACCAAAAACAUCCUUGAUUAGAAAACCCUUAUAAUGUUUUCGCACAGAGCAGAAUUUUCCAAAAACCUAUAAACAUUUUAAACAUAAUCAAUUGACAGUAUAUUUUGUGUGUUUCUGUUUAUAUAUAGAAAAAUAAAAGAGAGAGAGAAAAUAAAUAUGGUCGCGGACUCUAUGGGGACCGCAACAUCACGGCGCUGAAUCUUGUUUUCACUUGGACUUUGGGUCAAGUAUUCGCAUUUUGGUUGAGCGAAUUCGUGUUCCACAUUUUAAUUGAACAUUGGCGCGGCCGGCAUUAGUUUUUGGACUUAGAGGUGUAUUAUUUGUCGACCUA